AUGGGCUUUCUAGGUCCCAAGCAGCCAUACUUUGGCUUGAAAGGAGGAUGGCUCACUUUCUGGAUCACUGUUGCCUGCGCAACAGAUAUGACCUUAUUUGGGUAUGAUCAGGGUGUAUUCGGCGGUGUCAUCGUCACCCAGGAUUUUCUCGACGUGCAUAAUCUGGCAGGACCUAGCAAGACCAGUCUCCUAGGAACCGUCACGGCCAUUUACGACAUCGGAUGUUUCUUCGGCGCGGUCUCCGCUGUAUGGCUGGGUGAGGUUCUCGGGAGAAGAAGAUCUGUCCUUGUCGGUACCACCAUCAUGUCUGUUGGGGCUAUUCUGCAAGUAGCCUCUUAUAGCGUUCCGCAGAUGAUCGUGGGACGUAUUGUCGCUGGUAUAGGCAAUGGGAUCAACACCUCGACGGCGCCCGUGUGGCAAACCGAAACCUCAGCAAUCAAAUGGAGAGGAAAAUUGGUGGUCAUUGAAUUGAUUCUCAACAUCGCCGGCUUUUCGUUGUCCAACUGGAUCACGUAUGGAUUCUCGUUCCUGCCGGGUCCGAUUGCCUGGAGAUUUCCAUUGGCGUUCCAAUUCGUCUUCAUCAUCAUUCUGUUUGCAACAGUUCCUUGGUUGCCAGAGUCGCCUAGAUGGCUCAUCGCGCACGAUUAUGAAGAUGAAGCAUUCACCAUUCUCGCUGAUCUCGAAAACAAAUCCGAAAACGAUGCUUUCGUCAUGGCCCAGCAUAAAGAAAUCGUGUACACGGUUCAGUACGAGCGCGAAAAUGCCGUGAAAUGGAUGGACCUCCUGCGAGGAAAGACUGCAGGAAAAGGUGGAACAAAGACCAUUCGACGACUGAUCCUCGGGGCUGGCACUCAAGCUAUCCAACAACUUUCUGGGAUCAAUGUCACUUCUUACUACCUGCCCACUGUUCUCAUUUCCUCCGUCGGCCUGGACGAGAAAAUGGCUCGACUUCUCGCCGCUUGUAACAGUGUCUCGUACCUCCUCUUUUCUCUCAUUGGUAUUCCGAAUGUAGAGAAAUGGGGAAGGCGCAACAUGCUGAUAUUUGCCGCAUCCGGCCAGGCAUUUUGUUACCUGAUCAUCACAGUUCUCAUUCGAUAUAAUGAGCUCCCAGGCUUCCCUCACGCUCACGAAGUUGCCUCUGCAUCUGUGGCGUUUUUCUUCCUGUAUUAUGUCUUCUUCGGCAUUGGUAUGCAGGGAACACCUUGGUUAUAUCCCACUGAAAUCAACUCGCUCUCAAUGCGUACCAAGGGAGCUGCAAUUGGAACUGCUACCAACUGGAUAUUCAACUUUAUGGUUGUUGAGAUAACUCCGAUUGGCAUUCAGAAUCUCGGAUGGCGGUUUUACAUUGUGUGGACUGUCUUCAACGCGUCGUUCGUGCCCAUUGUCUAUUUCCUGUAUCCCGAAACGGCUGGCCGAUCUCUCGAAGACAUUGAUGACUACUACCGAACUGAUCCGCCACUUCUCGUAUUCCGGGACAAAGAUGCCAUCUCGACCAAACGUCCAGAGAAGUACCGAAUCAGAGAAGAGGAGGAAGUUCGUAGACACAGCUCGGUGGAUCGCGAAACUUUUCGACGACAAAGUAGAUUGGGCAGUUUCCAAGCUGGUAUGGGCAGAACUGACAGCACCUUGCGACACAGGGAAGCUGAAGAAGACUAUGAAGGAAAGACAGAAGCUGGAGAUAUUGAACAGGAUAGGUAUCAUCACAAGGAGGAUGUUUGA